CACAUCGUGUACGGGGAUGUAGAGGUGUAGAAAUCUCUCAAUGCCCGGUUCAUCGACCACGAAUGCUUGGCAACCAUUGUCGAUGGCGAGCAGCAAAUUGGAGUCGAAUCGAUCGUUGACGGACAGCAAAAUUCUGCUCACUGCUAAGUCGCUGAGAAAAUCUCGACCCACCGUACAGAAGCUGUAGUAUGGCGUAUAGUAGUUGAAGAUCAAAAACUGCAUUAGCGCAGAGAGUGUCGGAGUUGUACCGUCCAUGUCGUGUGCAGAACUUAAAUUCGUUCCCUUUUCUCUGAUUUCAUAUUUUUAUGUACACCGUAAUUCGAUCGCUGAUAAUUACCAUCAGCCAGGAACAGUUAGAAAAGACGGCCAAGACGUUCCGGCAAGUCUGCCAACCGAAGCAUAAAAUAUCGGACGCUGUAGCAGAUGAUGUGAACCGUGGUGUUUUCGCUGAUACGAAAGACUUUAAAUGCUACGUUAGUUGCCUGCUGGACAUUAUGCAGGUGGCCCGCAAAGGGAAGGUGAACUAUGAAAAAUCGCUCAAACAAAUCGACACCAUGCUGCCGGACGAUAUGAAACCGGCAUUUCGGGCCGGGCUAGAAGCUUGUAAAACGGCAGCUCAAGGCGUUAAAGAUCAUUGUGAGGCGGCAUCGAUACUUUUACAGUGCUUUUACAAAAACAAUCCCAAGUUCGUUUUCCCAUAGCCGGUGCAUCUACAGCACAAUAUUUCUCACUACUUUCUUCCCACUAAACUUCCGAGGGUUUGUAUGAUAAGAAACCUGAGCGAAUAAACGGAAC